AAUAUAAGGUCUGUGGAGGAAAAGUCGGCUCAUUCAUACCACAACGCCGAUUCUGCCCGUACUGCGAUGGCGGUCUUACUCGUAUUUCUGGCUGCUUGUCUGCUAGUAGACGCGGCGCCACCGUCCCAGGGCUUCUUCCCUCAGUCGCAGCUGCAGCAGAAUCCGUUGGACUAUUACUUGGACAGCCAGGAGCAUGAAAACUAUCAGCAGCACCAAAAGCAAGCAACAUCGCGACAGAAUGUGGCUCCCGCCCGGUUGGAGAACCUCGAUCCUAAAACUGAGGUGGAACUGAUACCAGGCGCGCAGCAGCCGCAGCAGCCUCCACAACAAAACCCAGUAGCUCCCAACAUUCCCGGUCUGAUACCCGGACAGCAAGUGUUCAUAGUACACAUGCCCAUCCCUGGAUACAGCCCCGGGACAGUGGGUGGCUACCAGCCGGUGUAUAUAGUCGCGGCGGCGCCCCAGGGCAGCGCCGGCUAUCCCGGUAAUGGCUACCAGAACGGUGCACUCGACCCCGCCCAGGCUGCGUAUCCCGGGCAAGCUGUCUAUCCUGGGCAGGGUGUGUACCCUGGACAGGGCGUGAUAUACCCUGGGCAGGGUGCCAUGUACCCCGGCCAGAAUCUCCUGUACCGCACGCAGCUGCUUACUCGCCCUGACCUGCUGUAUCUGCAGGACCCUAAUGUGCAGUACCAAGCGGCGCAAGGCGGGCAGCUAGUCGGCGUCCCAGUGGCCCAGUCACCGGUAGCGGCGAAGCAAGUUGAUGCAGCAAAUUCAAGUCCAAAGAAUGCACAAAUAAGAGUUGAAAAUAAAGAAGAGGAGAGACACAACGCGAGACCGGCGCCGCAACAUAGAAAUAAGGCAUAGAUAGAAAAACUUUUCUUAAGAUGAAAAUUGAAAGCUGCUACGAAAUCCUUCGAUAAUACAGGGUGUUACUAAACUUGAUGACAAUACUUUGGGGUGUGUAUAAGCCCCUUGAAUAGAGUUCACUGGGAAAGAAGCAGCGCUGAAAGAUAACUUUUUUUAAACUUUUGCAUGAGAAAAUUCAUGACCCUGGGGCGCUUGCGCAUACGAAUUCUACAUUCAGGACCUAUACACACCCUAAAGCAUUAUCACUCAGUUUUGUUUCACCCUGUAUAAAUACCCCAAAAAACCAGAGAGAGUCGAGACGGGGAUAAAAGUUGUUACUUUGCAGUAUCUUCGUCCUUUGAAAUUUCCUCGACUAGUUGCUUUUUUAAUUAAUUGUACUACUGACAUUUCUGUAUUUGUAGCACUUAGUGGUAGUUACCUGCUUUAAAAUGCUUGAUGAUAAUGAUUUUAAGCUGACUUAAUAACUAAACAAGUUCUUGCGAAUGCUUCAACAUGAUUGAGGCAUUUAAUUGCUCAAAAUAGAAACUAAACAAUUAAAAUUUAAAAGCCAAUAACACAAGAAAGUAUGAAUUUUGCUAAAAUUCGCACUUUUACUGAGUAACAAUUAUUAUGUAACAUAGAAAACGAAUAAUAACAAUUAAAUUCGUAAGGUUUAUGAAAAUUAUAAAAAAGUGAAAUUAUUUAUUAAUUGUAAAUAAAGUGACGUUUUGUACCUGA